UUGCUAGCGUCGUUAAACGAACUCAAGAACUUCGGAGCGUUUGUCACAAAGUUCGAGCAGUCCGACGCGGAGUAUGGACGACGGCAAGAAUUGCUGUUGAGCAGCUUCUACGAAUGCGGAUUUAUAUUUGAAGCACAGGAGCAAUUUUACCGAUGCAAGGUCCACGGCUGUGAUGGAAGAUUCAAUGAUACGUCCUGGAUCAAUUACGCCAUACCCAUGGACAGCGAGAGGCAGCGUCCAGAAACGUGCAGACGAUAUGCGAGCCUGAACACAACAGUACUACAGUGUUCGCCCGAUGAGUUCUCCACUAACAAAACUGUUCCUUGCGACAGUUUCGUAUAUGAAGAGGGUCAUUCCUUCGUAAAAGAGUUUGAUCUAGGCUGCAAAGAAUGGAAAAGGGCGCUUGUGGGCACUGUCCACAACUCCGGCAUGUUCGCCGCCAUGUUGGUAAUGGGCGCCAUCUCCGAUCGCUUUGGUCGGAAAGUAGCUGUGGGUAUAGCGUCCGGCGCAAGUUUGGUAUUCGGUAUCGCCAGAGCAUUUACUCAAGAUUACUUGACAUACUUGGCAAUGCAUUUCCUAGAGGCUGGACUUGGAGGAGGGUUGUACCCUUCUGCCUAUGUACUAGUUGUGGAAUUAGUGGGUCUAAAGCAACGUGUGAUAGUGUCCGCAAUGUGCAACAUGACAUUCGUGGUUGGCGUAGUUCUAAUCGCGCUACUUGCCUGGUUCGUUGACAACUGGCGCACAUAUAUCUUUAUACUCUACAGCCCUGCAAUAUUAGUCUGCAUUUACGUGUGGUUUAUGAACGAAAGCGCAAGAUGGCUACUCAGUAAAGGAAGGCGGGAAGACGCUGUCAAAAUAUUAAAAAGUGCCGCUAAAAUGAAUAACCUCGAUCCGCGUAAACUUGAAUUGGACGCGUUAGCAGACCCGCUUCUCAAGCCGGAGAAUCAAACUGGUGAUAAAAAAUCACAAUUUUCGAAAGCAAUCCGUUCGAGUAUAAUUUGGAAGAGACUUGUGAUAUGCUCAUUUUUAUGGAUGACCUGCUCGUUGGUGUAUUAUGGGCUGUCAAUAAACUCUGUAUCUCUAAGUGGUAAUAAAUAUGUGAGCUUUAUGCUGGUGGUGUUGGUAGAGAUCCCGGCUUAUGUAGUUGUUGUGAUUGUUUUGGACAAGUAUGGAAGGAAAAAGACAUUGAUAGUGAACUAUGUUACUUGUGCUGUUACGAGUUUGCUGUUCGCAUUUUUGCCGCGAUCUGACUGGUGGUCGAUCGCUCUGUACCUGAUCGGCAAGUGGAGCGUCACGCUCGCCUACAGCUCCGUCUACAUCUACGUGUCGGAAGUCUUCCCCACCAACAUGAGACAGACACUAAUUAGUUUUUGUUCGACUGCCGGAAGAAUAGGAUCUCUUAUUGCACCAUUGACACCCUUAUUGUCCGUGUACCACAAAUCAAUGCCGACAGUGAUAUUCGGUGGGAUGUGUAUCAUAUCAAGCAUGUUGGUGUUAAUGCUGCCUGAAACAAGGAACAUGAGGCUACCUGACACAAUAGAAGAAGCAGAAGAACUUUCUAGAAUGAAAACCAGAUCUGUCGCUAGCUCCUAA